CUCACAGCCGGGCCGGAGCCCCUCUCACAGCCGGGCCGGAGCCCCUCUCACAACCGGGCCGGAACCCCCUCACAGCCGGGCCGGAGCCCCCCUCACAGCCGGGCCGGAGCCCCUCUCACAGCCGGGCCGGAGCCCCUCUCACAGCCGGGCCGGAACCCCUCUCACAGCCGGGCCGGAGCCCCUCUCACAGCCGGGCCGGAACCCCCUCACAGCCGGGCCGGAGCCCCUCUCACAGCCGGGCCGGAACCCCCUCACAGCCGGGCCGGAGCCCCUCUCACAGCCGGGCCGGAACCCCUCUCACAGCCGGGCCGGAGCCACCCUCACAGCCGGGCCGGAGCCACCCUCACAGCCGGGCCGGAGCCCCUCUCACAGCCGGGCCGGAGCCACCCUCACAGCCGGGCCGGAACCCCUCUCACAGCCGGGCCGGAGUCCCCCUCACAGCCGGGCCGGAGUCCCCCUCACAGCCGGGCCGGAGCCCCUCUCACAGCCGGGCCGGAGCCCCCCUCACAGCCGGGCCGGAGUCCCCCUCACAGCCGGGCCGGAGCCCCUCUCACAGCCGGGCCGGAGUCCCCCUCACAGCCGGGCCGGAGUCCCCCUCACAGCCGGGCCGGAGCCCCUCUCACAGCCGGCGGAGCCUGGUGGGUCGGGCUGACCGGUUCGCAGCAUCGGGCCGCCCGUCAUGCGCUGGGGCUGAGCCACCAUGGAGCCGCGCGGCGGCCUGGAGACCGUGGGCAAGUUCGAGUUCUCGCGCAAGGACCUCAUCGGCCACGGCGCCUUCGCGGUGGUCUUCAAGGGGCGCCACCGCGAGAAACACGACCUGGAGGUCGCUGUCAAGUGUAUCAACAAGAAGAGCCUGGCCAAGUCCCAGACGCUGCUGGGCAAGGAGAUCAAGAUCCUCAAGGAGCUGAAACAUGAAAACAUCGUGGCCCUGUAUGACUUCCAGGAAAUGGCUAAUUCUGUCUACCUGGUCAUGGAGUACUGCAAUGGCGGGGACCUGGCUGACUACCUGCACACCAUGCGCACGUUGAGCGAGGACACCAUCAGGCUGUUCCUGCAGCAGAUCGUGGGCGCCAUGCGGCUGCUACACAGCAAGGGCAUCAUCCACCGUGACCUGAAACCACAGAACAUCCUGCUGUCCAACCCCGGUGGCCGCCGUGCCAACCCCAACAAUAUCCGUGUGAAGAUCGCCGACUUUGGUUUCGCCCGAUACUUGCAGAGCAACAUGAUGGCUGCCACACUCUGUGGCUCCCCCAUGUACAUGGCUCCUGAGGUCAUUAUGUCCCAGCACUACGAUGGGAAAGCGGAUCUGUGGAGCAUUGGCACCAUCGUGUACCAGUGCCUGACGGGGAAGGCGCCCUUCCAGGCCAGCAGUCCCCAGGACCUCCGCCUCUUCUAUGAGAAGAACAAGACACUGGUGCCCACCAUCCCCCGGGAGACCUCAGCCCCACUGCGACAGCUGCUUCUGUCUUUACUCCAGCGCAACCACAGGGACCGCAUGGACUUCGAUGAGUUCUUCCAUCACCCUUUUCUGGACGCCAGUGCUGCAGUGAAGAAGUCCCCACCAGUGCCUGUACCCUCCUACCCAAGCUCGGGGUCUGGCAGCAGCUCCAGCAGCAGCUCCACCUCGCACUUGGCCUCCCCACCGUCCUUGGGUGACAUGCAGCAGCUGCAGAAGACACUCAUAUCCCCGGCCGAGGCCGCUGGCUUCCUGCAGGGCUCCCGUGACUCAGGUGGCAGCAGCAAGGACUCUUGUGACACAGACGACUUCGUCAUGGUCCCCGCCCAGUUUGCAGGUGAUCUGGUGGCCGAGGUAGCCGGGUCCCGUCCCCCCCCAGACAGCCUGAUGUGCAGUGGGAGCUCGCUGGUGGCCUCAGCAGGCCUGGAGAGUCACGGCCAGACCCCGUCUCCGUCCCCACCCUGUAGCAGCUCGCCCAGCCCCUCGGGCAGGUGCGGGGCCUCGGUUCCCAUCCCUGUCCCCACGCAGCUGCACAACUACCAGCGCAUUGAGCAGAACCUCCAGUCGCCUGCCCACUGCCAGACAUCCCGGUCCUCCACUGUCCGCAGGUCAGGCAGUGCCAGCCCCCUGGGCUUCACACGGGCCAGCCUGUCACCCCCAACCCACGUCGAGCAUGGAGCAGCCCUGGCCAGGAAGCUGUCCCUGGGUGGGGGCAGACCCUACACACCCUCCCCACAAGGUGAGCUCUGCAAUGAGCAGGCUGGGCCCAUGGCUUCCUGUUCAGAUACUGACCCUGCCCCUCUCCCCCAAGUUGGAACCAUCCCUGAGCGGCCAGGCUGGAGCAGGGUGCCCUCCCCCCAGGGGGCUGAGAUUCGGGCUGGCCGGUCCCCACGCUCAGGCUCCUCAGUGCCGGAGCACUCUUCCCACCUCACUGGGCUGGGCAGCCGCCUGCACAGCGCCCCCAACCUGUCAGACCUGCACGUCAUCCGCCCCAAGCUGCCCAAGCCCCCGACGGACCCACUGGGGUUGACCUUCAGCCCGCCCCCAGCCAGCCCACCCCAGCUGGCCCCCGGGCUGCCACCCUGCCGGCCCCUGCGUGGCUCACCUAAGCUGCCCGACUUCCUUCAGCGGAACCCCUUGCCCCCCAUUCUGGGCUCCCCCACCAAGGCUGUGUCUACUCUGGACUUCCCCAAGACCCCUAGCUCCCAGAAUCUGCUAACACUGCUGGCCCGGCAAGGUGUGGUUGUGACCCCGCCACGCAACCGCACGCUACCGGACCUGUCGGAGGCUGGGCCCCUGCAUGGGCAGCCUCUGGGCCCUGGGCUGCGGCUGCCUGAGGACGCCAAGAGCCCCUUCGGCAGGUCAUUCAGCACUGGCCGCCUCACAGACCUGCUCCUCAAGGCUGCCUUUGGCACUCAGGCCCCUGACUCCGGCAGCACUGACAGCCUGCAGGAGCGGCCCAUGGAUGUCGCACCCUCAGCUGGCUUUGGCGGAAGCCUGCACCCAGGAGCUCGGGCUGGGGGAGCCAGCAGUCCUGCUCCUGUGGUGUUCACCGUGGGCUCACCCCCAAGUGGGACCACACCGCCCCAGGGUCCCCGCACCAGGAUGUUCUCAGUGGGCUCCUCCAGUUCCCUCAGCUCCGCUGGCUCCUCUUCCGCUCGCCAUCUGGUGCCCGCUGAGGCUCCACCCGAGCUUCCCAUCCCUGGCCAUUGCUGCAGCUUCGCCGACCCCCUCACCGUCAACCUGGAGGGUGCUGUGACUUUCGAGGCGCCCGACCUCCCUGAAGAGACGCUUAUGGAGCAAGAGCACACGGAGAUCCUGCACAGCCUGCGCUUCACGCUCGUCUUUGCUGAACACAUCCUGGAGAUGGCAGCCCUGAAGGGCAGCGCCAGUGAGGCGGCUGGGGGCCCUGAGUUCCAGCUGCAGGAGAGUGUGGUGGCCGACCAGAUCAGCCUGCUGAGCCGAGAGUGGGGCUUCGCGGAGCAGUUGGUGCUGUACCUGAAGGUGGCUGAGCUGCUGUCUGCGGGCCUGCAGACGGCCAUCGAGCAGAUCCGGGCCGGCAAGCUCUGCCUGUCAUCCACCGUCAAGCAAGUGGUGCGGGAGCUGAACGAGCUGUACAAGGCCAGCGUGGUGUCCUGCGAAGGCCUGAGCCUGCGGCUGCAGCGCUUCUUCAUGGACAAGCACCGGCUGCUAGACCGGAUCCAGAGUGUCACCGCUGAGAAACUCAUCUUCAGCCACGCCGUGCAGAUGGUGCAGUCGGCUGCCCUGGACGAGAUGUUCCACCGCAGGGAGGACUGUGUCCAGCGCUACCACAAGGCCCUGCUGCUUCUGGAGGGGCUGCAGCACAUCCUCACAGACCAGGCGGACGUGGAGAGCAUUGCCAAAUGCAAGCUGUGCAUCGAGCGGAGGCUCUCAGCCUUAUUGACCGGCAUCUGUCCCUGACCUGGAGGCGUGUGGCGGGCCCUGAGGGACAAGCCCCCAGCCACAUGGCCUUAGAACAUCCACACAUGACAUGCCUAGACUCAUCUGCAGCUCCCUGGGGGUCAGCUGCACCCCAGACUCAGCUUCUCCCUCAGCUGCCCAUAGACAGGGGCUGUGCGCCUCCCCCAUCCCUGCUGAGCCCAAGCCCAGGACAUGCAUGGCCCGGAGAUAGCCAUACACCUCAAGCCAAAGCCACUGGCCCUUCACAGGGCUCUGCUGGGAGAAGGCUUUCCUCCUGCCAGCUUGUGACUCACCCAGCACUUUAUCUGGCCGAGCCUGGCCGCCGUGGCCACAUGGGACACAAGGGAGCAGCCGCACUCAGCGUUUCCGAGUAGUGAGCGUGUGCCAUGGACACCGAGUCUCACUUUCUCCUAUGUGUCUUAUUUUUCUGCAGAUCUUCUUUUUUUUUAAAGAAGACGACUUAACAGGUGUUCAGGGUGUUUUUGUUGGGAUGUGCGGGGCAGGACAGGGUUGUGGGUGUUGAGAAGAAAGGGAGGUGUACCUGUCAUCACGUAGAGAGGCAGAGGCUGGGGCCACCCUGGAGCAUGAGCAGGCCCUGCACUUCCUUAGCCUCACCACUGUUGGGGGGGGGGGUCUGUAGGGACACUCAGUUCCAACUGAGGACACUUCUGUCCCCAGGGGCAAGCACCUUUGUGAAAUAUGGGUGACGCUGCCCCCAGUAUUGGACCUCCAGGAAGGAAGCCCUUUUUGAUCAUCCAGUGACUCUCCUGCCUCCACAGAACGUGCUCAUAUUUAUUGCUUUAUGGCCAACUGGAAUUGUGGGGAACCCUGGGAGGCCUCCUGACCCCGAGUGAGCUGUGCCUCUGUGCCAGUGGGUGUGGGCCAUCUGGGGCAGCCAUCGGAAUUCCAUGUGGUUCCUUCCCUUCAAGAUGAAUUGUGUAAUCAAUUUAAGGAAAUAAACUUUUGGAGUUGAGUGGU